CACACAACCACAACACGUCGUCGCAAAAGAAAAGCAGAAACGCAACAAUAAUGGCAGUUGCUUCGCGCCGCCUUAUCUCUAGCUCGUCCUCAUCCACUGUAACCGCCAUUUCAUCCUUCCCUCCAAAAUUAAAAACCCUAAUUUCAAAUCCGCACGCUUCCCCCAAUCUUCAGCUCCCAAAACGCAGUCGUAGAGACGUCGCUUUGCUCUCCCUCAUCGCUCUCAUCCCUUCGCUCGUCCGACCCGACCCGGCAUCCGGACUUUCCUUUGGCAUUUCAGGACCAAAGGAUUGGCUCCGCGAGCAGAAGAAGAAGGCCUCCAGGUUCCUCCUGGCCCCGAUUGAUGCCUCCCGAGAGAGCCUCGUCGCGGCUCAUCAAUUACUCACGGCUACGAAUUCGGAUUAUACGAACAAGGAGAUGGAGGAGGUUCAGAGAUUGUUUAGAUCUGCUGCGAGGGAUUGUGUUGUAGAGGACAGGAACUCGUUUGUUGCAUUUCAAGCCAAUACGGGUGUUGAGGUUUGCACAUUCCGUUUGGUUGUAAAGAACGCGUCGUCGUUGCUUGGUGAUAAGGAUCCCGUAAAAUUGGAAGCCGAGUCUUUGCUAAAUGAUCUUAUAAGAUCAUUCACUUCUCUUAAUGGUCUGGUAAAUGAGACCGAUGUUCAAUUUUCCACUGAAAGAAAGAAGGUUGCAGAUUCUCUCAUGGAUACCAUAUCAUCCCUAGACAAAUUUGAGCAGGGAAUCAAGGACUGCCUUGAAGCUUAACCAAUCUGUAGUUUUUUCCUUGCAGCAAAAGCUAUCUAGUGGAUAUCAUGCUUGAAAUUCUGUAGAUGCAUGUAUAUUGUGGGUUUGAAACCUCUCCUUCUUUUCUUGUCUUUCCUGUGUCUUGAUUUCUGUCCUCUGUCAUGCUCUUCAACCUUAUUUUGUCCAUUUUUCUCCUCUAAGUUGUAUGUUUAUAAAUGGCAAAGUUAUUGAAGUCGAUGCUAGUUUUUUCUUAA